AAACGUGCAAUAUAAAAACCUAUCUUCUAAACCAUAAAACUUAUCGAGUUUAACAAAGCAUAUAUUAUUGUUAAAAAAUCGAUCGAAAAAUUAAUUUUUACUAUCUUUAGAUUGUACAGGUUGUCCUUGUGAAAGUUACUGAUUGUUAACCAUUGAUAUGAACCACGUUUAGCCUUUAAAUUUUAAUUAUCUACUCUACUAUAUAAAAAUUGAUUUUCGCUAAAAACCUCAUCUUUUAUAACAUUAUUUAUCAAUUAUUACCAACAAUAUAAAAAGAAUAUAUGAGGUAAAUUAUUUAGUUUGUAUAAAAUGUGGUUGAAAACACCUUUCGUCAAUUUCUGCGGUUCUCAAAUCAAAUUAAAGAUUAGAUAAUGUACAAAAUUAGUCGAUAAAAGUUAUAACAUUAAAAAUAAAUAUUAUUAUUGGGAGAUUUCGAAGAUAAAACGAUGAAGGUCACUUAUUAUAUUUCCCAUGGCGUUCAUCACAGCAAGUAGUUGCAUUCAGUCAGUCCACUUGGCAACAAUCUCCUGCCAAUUAAUAAAAAUAGUAACGCUAGGAAGUUUCAUUUUUAAAUAAGUACCAAGUAGAUAAAGUUUGUUUUGAUACAAACAGAAACUUAAAUCCUUAUUUAUCACCAUGGCAUCUGUAGAUCUAGUAACUAAUUGGUUGAAGCCGUUCCUGGAUGAAAAUAUAGAAGAUUACGAAGUUAUAGUAGACGGUAAUAAUUCAAAAGACAGCGGAUAUUUGAGCGGAAUUAUCUACGUAACAUUGAAAAAUCUAAAAAACUCUAAAACUAGUAAAAAAAUAGAACUAGUAAUAAAAAAAGGAUGCGAUUUGGAAGCUGUCAGGAGUUCCCUGGCGAUCAGGGAUUUUUUUAUAACCGAAAACUUCAUGUACGAAACUGUUUUUUCGACGUUCAAUAAAUUUCAAAUGAAAAAAGGAAUCGAGUUGUUUAACUCGUUUCCGAAGUACUACGGCCACGUUUUGCUUAAAAACAGCGAAGUUAUUAUUUUUGAAAAUUUGAAAUCGAAAGGUUACAAGCUCUACAAUCGAUUGAAAGGUAUGGAUAUCGAUCAUUGUAAAAUUGUAUUAAAAGCUUACGCCGAACUCCAUUCGCUGUCGUUCGCUUUAAGAGAUCAGGAUAAUGAAACUUACGAAAGCUUGACGAAAAAUUUCGUGGACGUUUUUAAAAAUUGGUUAUUGGUUCCUUCUAUUGAGAAUUAUAUGCAUGAUCAGUUGAAUACUUUUUUGGAAACUUUGGAAAUACACGGGGAUCAAACUUUGUAUAAUUUAGUGAAGGAAGAGAUGAAAGAUAUUUUAAAAAAAGCAUUGGAUGUACUCAAUAGUGAAGAAAAACAAGUUGCUUUCCUACACGGGGAUAACUGGAAUAAUAAUUAUUUGUUUCAGUAUGAGGAAAAUAACAACUCCCCAAAAGCAGUAGCAAUCCUAGACUGGCAACUAGCAGCUAUAAGAUCACCUCUCUUCGACGUAGGUAAAUUUUUAUUCAGCGUUUGUUCCAAAGAAGAACUAGAUCAGUUGAAAGAGCUAUUGAAUUAUUAUUACAGUAUAAUGUCACAAUCAUUGAUAAAACUUGGCAGCGAUCCAGAGAAAAUUUUCAGUUACGCCGAUUUUAAGCGACAUUGGAAAAGUUACGCUUGGUUCGGUUUUGUUGGGGGUAUAAUGAUGAUGAAAUUGACUAUGCUCGAUGAAGAAGAAGCGCCUUCCGUCGAACAAUUAGACGAAGGUAAAGAUUAUAACGAAAUAUUCAAUUUGAAACUCAGCGGGAAACAGUUGUACUAUCAACGCGCUAAGGAUAUUUCGUCGGCUUAUUUCAAAUUUAAAAAAACGGAAAAUUUCCUCGAUUAAUCGAUCUGUGAUUCGAUGAAACGCUGUGAACAUUCCGGACAUUUUUCGGUAUCAAAUGUAAUUUCAUGAGAAUUAUCGUGUACAAAUAAUUGAAAGUAUUAUUAUUUGAAAUUUGAUUGUUUACUUUUUUUAGUUAUUAUAUAGAUAAAUGUGUAUAGUGUUAAUGUAGAUGUUUUUUUAAAUUAAAUAUACUUUUUGUUUAUUUAUUAUUCAUUUUGAAAAAAA